UCUUCCCUUUUCUCAUCCCCUAAAAUCUUUUGCUUUUCCUUUUCCCGACUACAAAUCUUUAUUUUUAAUGUCUGUAUAUAUUAUCUUAUAUUUUUAAUUAUGAUAUUCUCUCUUUGGGUGCAAAAUAAUUAUAGGCCCAUUUGGAUUAAACCCUAGCUAGCAAUAUAUGUAUUUUCCCCAUUGUGAAAACCUCGUACCUUCUCUCUCUAUCUCUAUAUAGCUUACACAUCUCUAAACCCAACCUAGGUCUUUUAAACCCUUCAGCCUCAGCCACAGUCAUUCCUCCUCUCUUAUCUCUCUUUCAAUUUUCCCAUAUUUGAUCGGUUACAAAGCAUAAUAUUAAUGGAGAUGAAGAGAGGAGAGGUUGCGCUUCAAUGGUUUAAUACUACAGCCCCGAACAACGACCAUCUAGUCCUCUCCCCCUACAUCUUCCCUGAAAAUCACCUUCGUCGCGAUUCUCCUUCUGCUUCCUUGCCGGACAUCUGUUGGGACCCUAGUCUGGGGAACGUUUCUUAUCAAAACGCCAUGCUCCCAAAUCAUCUAUACCAAAACCCUAACCCCUCACAAAACACCAAUCUCAACAAUAAUACUGAUUUGGCUGAUCAGAGCCAAAAUCAGGAUCAUCUCCCUGCUGCUUUGAAUCGACUGAGCAUUUCGAAUAACAAUUCUCAUCAUCAUGAUCAUCAGCCUCAGCUUGGUGGUACUGCGUCGAAUCUAAGAGCAAACAGCUUCUCAGGAGGUAAUGGUUUUACUACUCAAUACCCAUCCCCUCAUCAUGUACAGGAGGAGGAGGAAUAUGUGGAGAGGUUGAAGAAUCAGUAUGUUUUGUUGAUGGCACAGAUGGAUCAGUACGUGAGGCUUCAUGGAUCCCUUUCCAAUCAUGGUAUCACUAAUAACCAUAAUUUCAAUGGUUCUCUUCCCCAUUCUUUGUCAGUGGCACGCAGUAAUUUUCCUUUGAUAGAGGUGGAACCUACUUAUACAGGAGGGGCAAGUCGGAGUGGGAGUAGUAGUACUUCUAGGCCAAAUAAUAUUGCUCAAUUUUCCUCUGCUGAUCAAUUUGGUGCUUAUGGAUAUCGUCCAAUGAGGCCUAAUAAUUCGCUGCGAAACGGAUUAACUAGCAGCCGCGGAUCAUCAUCAAGGUAUGCUAAUGGGUCAGGACGACAGCGUCUAAAUACUAAUUUCUCAUCAUCAUCGUCAUUGGAACAAAGGGGCCAAGUGAUGACUAGUAAUAAUUUAAUUACCAAAGAUCAUGAUCAUGCCAUCAGGGGAUCAAGGUUUGCUAAUGGGUCUGCACGGCAGCAGCAUCCAAGUACUUUCUCUCUGACUUUAGAAGAAAUAAGAGGCCAAAUUGCUUUGGUGGCCAAAGAUCAUGCCGGGUCUAAAUUUUUGCAGAAGAAGAUGGAGGAGGGCAAGCCGGAGGAAAUUGCGAUCAUUUUCUCCGAGGUCAUGGAGGCGGAUUUCCGUGAAUUGAUGGUUGAUCAAUUCGGCAACGAACUUGUUCAGAAACUUGUUGAAGCCACCAACAAAGAAGGACUGUCCAAAAUGCUUGACUUGGUGAUGAGUGAUGAGAAAAAACUCAAGGACAUAUGCACUGAUCAGCACGGAAGUCGAGCAAUGCAGAAACUGCUGGAGCGCGUUGAAACCCGAGAGCAACAGUCGGCAUUCAUGCGGAUUCUGAAGCAUAUAACGAUUCCCUUGAGCAAGACCCAGCCUGGUUAUUAUGUGAUUCAAGUUUGCUUGAAACAUUUCUCUCCUGAAUCCGCCAAGGGUCUUCUAGAAUUAGUAUACGAAAACUGCCUUGCUCUUGCAAAAGACAAAUUUGGGUGUUGCUUAGUGCAAAGUAGUGUUCAUUAUGCUUAUACAGAAGCUAAAGAGCGUCUUGUGGCUGACAUAACUGAAAAUGCUCGAGUUCUCUCUGAAGAUCCUUACGGGAACUAUGUCGUGCAGUACAUAAUUGGAUUAAAGAACCCGCGUGUUACAACUGACAUACUAGCACAACUUGGAGGUAGUUUUGUUAAUCUAUGCAUGAAUAAGUAUGGCAGUAAUGUGGUUGAGAAGAUCUUGAAAGAGGCUGGAGAAGAGCAUGUCAAUGCCAUUGUUUACGAGAUGAUUAAUAGUCCACACUUUUUGGCUCUUCUUCAAGAUCCUUAUGGGAAUUAUGUUGCUCAAUCUGCUCUGGGAGUAUCCAAGGGAGCUGCUCAUAAUACUCUUGUGCAACUCGUUCGGAGCCAUUACCCUUAUCUCCACAGUCAUCUUUACGGGAAAAGGGUGCUGGACAAAACCAGGGGUCACAGGCAUCGUUACUAAAUCAUGUAAACCACAAAAUGUAGCUUGACCAGCAGACGGAAGGGCCAUAACCUUGCCGAUUCUGGGCUUUUGUUAUGUUGCAUUAUCUCUCUAUCCCUAACUCUUUAGAGUCGACUUCUUAUUGUUGUUGCUAGGCUAAAUGUUUUAGUGGCAACCUUGUUGUGGUUGUUAAUUAUAGUAUAAUUGUAUUAGGAGGACUAAACUUUGUUGUUGUUAUGUUGUCUUUUUUUAAGGCCCUUGUGGUAGGGAAGUUAGCGUGGAGGAAGAGUUCAUCUGCACUAUAAUAUGGCAUGUGUUUCAAGCGCUUGAUGCACUAACCAAGCCAUUAGGUGGAUGUUUGUAGAUUAUGGAGGCUUCCCAAUGUUGCUAAGUUAUAGAGAUUUUGAUCUCAGAAUAUUGAUAUAUAAUCUAUGGUGUUUUUU